AUGUUCUCAUUAAACCAAAGGUUCCAACAUGUAUCGAGCCUUGCGCUAUCGUGCAGUUUCCUUGUGAUUGCAUUGAUUGCUGCAACUUCGUGGCUCCAGUUAGUUAAAGACAAUGUGUUUGAAUUAGAAUCGCAGCUAUCCCAUAUACGGUCCGCAACAAGAUUUGCUAAGCAGAAGCGUUAUGGCGGUUCUGCUGUAAAUCCAACAGAGGUUUCGAAAAUUCGUUUCAAUGCCGACUUUGACUUCUCACGUCUUUUCAAUUGGAAUACCAAGCAAGUAUUCGCAUACGUUACAGCCGAAUAUGAAGGCGAUGAAAACCCUCACACCAUGAAUGAAAUCACAAUCUGGGAUAAAAUUAUUCCAAGUCGUGAUAAUGCCACAUUCACUUUAUCAGACAUAGAUGCCAAGUAUCAAUUGUGGGAUCUUGAAUCUAAGAUAACUGAAAGGCCCUUAACUUUCAAGUUGCAUUGGAAUAUUCAACCUUGGUUCGGAUUUCUAAUAAAUGGCGAAACCACUGGUUCCAAGACCAUCGAAUUGAAGAAACCAGUUGACAAACAAAAAGGUAAAUAA